AGUAUUUCUACACUGCUUUUCAAUAGGAAGUACUGCCCUGGUGAAAUCCAGCGAUCCAGGUGUCCCUGCUACUGGAUUUCGAGGUUUAAUACAGUACAGAAGCAAGAGUGCUGAGUUCAUCGUGAACUUGGACCCAUGGGUGUGGCCUUGACCAGGUCGGCACAGUGGGUAGCAGCUGGCCAUGGGCCUGCAGCCCUGGAAGUCACCCCUCUCAAUGAAGCGAUACUGAAAGAAAUUAUUACGUUCGUGGAGAGUUUCAUCUAUAAGCAUCCCCAAGAGGCAAAAUUUGUUUUUGUAGAACCACUUGAAUGGAAAACAGAUUUGGAGCCCUCAGCAUUUAAUUCAGGUUAUGUCGUCAGUGAAACAAUAGUCAAAUCAGAAGAAGUUGAUAAAAAUGGACAACCUUUGCUAUUUCUCUCUGUUCCACAAAUUAAAGUGAGGAGCUUUAGGCAGCUGUCAUGCUUGCUAUUUAUUGCUGGAGAUACAAAACUGAAGGAAGCACAGGCGUGCAUCGAAGCUAACAGAGACCCUGUAGUAAAAAUCCUGGGCUCAGAUUAUAAUAUAAAGAAAGAAGACUCAACUGCGUUAAAUAUUCUUGAUAAAAUUAUCAGAGAUGAUGAUCUUGAAGGCAAGAUGAAGAUGAAGAUUGCUAUGCUGCUUAAGCAACUGGAUCUGCACCUACUUAAUCAUUCUCUAAAACAUAUUUCAUUAGAAAUACGUUUAAAUCCACUGGCUGUUAAGAAGGACAUAGAACUGCUCAAACGUUUCUCAGGAAAAGGAGAACAAACAGUCUUGGAAUCUAUUGAAUAUACCUCAGAAUAUGAAUUUUCAAAUGGAUGUCGAGCCCCACCUUGGAGACAGAUUCGCGGGGAAAUUUGUUACUUGCUGGUGAAGCCACAUGAUGUCGAAACUCUGUGCAUCACUUGUAGUGCAGAAGGAGUAUUUUUAAAUGGUGGCAAAACAGAUGAUGAGGGAGAUAUUGAUUAUGAGAGAAAAGGUGCAGUUUAUAAAGACCUUGUCACAUUUUUAAGAGAAAAAUCAGCAAAAUUUUCAGAAAAUAUGUCUAAACAGGAUCUUAGCUCAAAUGAAGGACAACAAAAGGAAAAGGAUCAGCUUGAGGAGGCACCCAAGAAAGAAGAAACAACUACCUUUCAGAAAGCUCUUUCUGAUUCAGACAAAAGUACUCUGGAGAAGAACCAAAUUAAUUUUGGGAAGAGUCAGAUGGCCAAGAGAUUAGAACCGAGCUUAAAUUGGAAGGCCACUGUUGAUUACAAAGACCACAAAAUUUCAAGAAAAGAAGGCCAAGAGGAAAAACAUGGAGGAAAACAACUUGAAAAGCCAAGAACAUCUGUUUCACUUGGAAGAGCACAAUUACUUCGCAAGGGUGCUGAAAAGACUGAGGAAUUUGUGAGUGAGAGCUCCUCAGAGAGUGAGGAAGAUGAAGAGCUGCCUGAUCAUCGUCAGGAAGCAAAUGCAGAUUUACCAUCAGAAUAUUGGCAAAUUCAGAAGCUCGUGAAAUACUUGAAGGGAGGAAAUCAGACAGCUACCGUGAUUGCACUGUGUUCCAUGAGAGAUUUCAAUUUAGCUCAAGAGACGUGCCAGUUGGCGAUCAGAGACGUUGGAGGCCUGGAAGUGCUAAUAAAUUUGCUUGAUACAGAUGAAGUCAAAUGCAAGAUUGGUUCAUUAAAAAUCCUGAAGGAAAUCAGUCAAAAUCCCCAAAUCAGACGUAAUAUUGUUGACCUUGGGGGCUUACCAAUUAUGGUGAAUAUACUUGAUUCUCCACACAAGAGCCUGAAAUGCUUGGCAGCUGAGACUAUUGCGAAUGUUGCCAAGUUUAAAAGAGCACAGCGAGUGGUGAGGCAACACGGGGGCAUCACCAAACUGGUGGCUCUCCUGGACUGUGCGCAGAAUUCCACAGAGCCUGCUCAGCUGAGCCUAUACGAGGCCAGAGACGUGGAAGUGGCUCGCUGUGGGGCGCAGGCACUGUGGAGUUGCAGCAAGAGUUACGCCAACAAGGAAGCCAUUCGCAAAGCUGGGGGCAUUCCAUUGCUGGCCCGGUUGCUGAAGACUUCUCACGAGAACAUGCUCAUUCCAGUGGUGGGGACGCUGCAGGAGUGUGCGUCAGAGGAAAACUACCGAGCUGCAAUCAAAGCAGAAAGGAUCAUUGAAAAUCUGGUAAAAAACCUAAACAGUGAGAAUGAGGAACUGCAGGAGCACUGUGCCAUGGCCAUUUACCAGUGUGCUGAAGAUAAGGAAACCCGGGACCUGGUUAGGCUGCAUGGAGGACUUAAACCCCUGGCCCGUCUGCUCAAUAACACUGACAAUAAAGAACGGUUAGCUGCUGUCACAGGCGCAAUAUGGAAAUGUUCCAUCAGCAAAGAGAAUGUGACCAAGUUUCGGGAAUACAAAGCCAUUGAAACCUUGGUGGGACUUUUAACUGACCAGCCUGAAGAAGUGCUUGUGAAUGUGGUUGGGGCCUUGGGAGAAUGCUGCCAGGAAUAUGAAAACCGAGUCAUUAUCCGGAAAUGUGGUGGUAUUCAACCACUUGUGAACCUCCUUGUUGGAAUAAAUCAAGCUCUUCUCGUAAAUGUCACGAAAGCAGUUGGUGCUUGUGCAGUAGAACCAGAAAGCAUAAUGAUAAUUUAUCGCUUAGAUGGAGUUCGUUUGUUGUGGUCCCUGCUGAAAAAUCCUCACCCUGAUGUGAAGGCCAGCGCAGCAUGGGCCCUCUGUCCAUGCAUUGAAAAUGCAAAGGAUGCUGGAGAAAUGGUUCGUUCCUUUGUUGGUGGUUUGGAACUUAUUGUUAAUUUACUGAAAUCAGAUAACAAAGAAGUUUUGGCAAGUGUGUGUGCUGCUAUUACCAAUAUAGCAAAAGAUCAAGAAAAUUUAGCUGUUAUUACAGAUCAUGGAGUUGUCCCUUUAUUGUCCAAGCUGGCAAACACAAAUAAUGAUAAACUGAGGCGUCAUCUGGCAGAAGCCAUCUCACGUUGCUGUAUGUGGGGCAGGAACAGAGUAGCCUUUGGCGAGCACAGAGCCGUGGCUCCAUUAGUGCGUUACCUGAGAUCAGAUGACACCAACGUUCACCGAGCAACAGCUCAGGCCUUGUAUCAGCUUUCAGAGGACCCCGACAACUGCAUCACCAUGCAUGAGAAUGGCGCAGUAAAGCUUCUGCUGGACAUGGUUGGGUCUCCUGAUCAGGAUCUCCAGGAAGCUGCAGCUGGUUGUAUAUCCAACAUCCGCAGGCUGGCUCUUGCUACAGAAAAGGCAAGGCUUGUAGCAAGAUGGGUGCAGCACUUUCAAGUGCAUCGCAGAAACAGCAAUAUCCAGGUGGAGAUCCAAGACCAUGGCUCCUGCUCAGAAAGUAGAAACUUUUUUAGACGCUCCUUUAUUACUAGCAUGCUUCCUUUUGACCAGCAUUGGACGUCACGCCCAAUAAGAAUUAAACUGAAAAACUUAAUGGACUCACCGGUGAACCAAUCAAAUUUUCGCCUGAGACACGUAACUAUAUAGGAAAGCAGGGGCUACCUAAAUAAAACAGGCCCUGAGGGAU